CAAAUUUUGGAAUGAAUAAAAUUUAUAGUCAAUAUAAUCUUGAUAGAUUACGAUUGUAACAAUCACAGAAGGAUUCGAUUAAAUUGGAAAGUAUCAAAAAUUUGAUAUUUUAAAGGAAGUGAUAUUAAAAGGGGAACUGGAAAAAAUGCUAUAAGAAAAAUCUUUGGAAUUGAAGAUAAUAGUAAACAUGAUUAUGACAUUUACGAGAAGUAAUAACUAGAUGCAUUUAAGAAGGAGAUUGAAGAGGAGAAUGAUCUUUUGACAGAUGAAUUGAUAUUAAGAUUCUUGUAUGCGAAUCAUUUUGAUUUUCCAGAAGCAAUAAAAGUAAGAAUAAAAAUUAAUAGGAUAGCAUAUGCGACUUCAUUAAUAAUGGCUUUCAGAUGCUAAUAAUUUUAAGUGGUCACUGAACACAGAAGAAAUGAUAGUAUUUUCUAUUUAAUAAUGUACAAGAAAUAAGGAGCAGUAUAUAUUAGUGGACGAGGACAAGGUUUUAGACCAAUUCUGGUGAUAAAUGCUGAUAAGUUCGACAUUAACAUAUAUCCCAUAGAAGAUAUCAUGAGAGCAAUAUCAAUAGUUCUCAUGGUUGUUAAAGAUUAUAUGUUAGUGUCUGGGAAAGUUGAGAGUUGGUUUGUUAUUGUUGAAGCUAAGAAUACAACAGCAUUUUCUGUUCCUUUUACUGUACUGAUCCUUAUCUAUUUGAUAGCAUUUAAAUACGAUUUUUGAUAUGCUUAAACACAAUUUCCCUUGUUACUUAGAGCGAAUGUUUAUAUUACAACCAUAGACAUCUAUUUAAAUUACUUGGUAAAUUGUUGAAUAAUUUAUACCCUACAAUUCUAGACAUAAGAUUGAAUUUGUUAAUAAUGAUUUUUCAUUGAUGUUCAAUUACAUUAAACCAAAAUAAUUAGAAUAAAGACAUGGUGGUAGAGCACCAAAUGUUUAUGAUUAUUGGCCACCACAUAUUGAUGAUUUUAAUGAAGUUGAAUAUUUAUUGAAAGAGUAAUAAGAAACUAAAAAAAUUUAACAGUAAAUUCAGUAACUCCAAAAAGUUAUGCCAUUUACUUCAUAAAUUGAUGUGUAAAUUUCUAAUCUUUUGAGGAAAAAAUAUAAACCUAAAAAUAAAAUUUAUCAAGAAGAAACUCAUCUAGAAACUAACAACUAUUAUAUGAAUAAAUCACAGGCAAAAACAGUAUUCUUAAAUGCUCCAAAAAUUUAAUAAGUUAUUUAAACUUAGUCGCCUAUAGAAUAACAAGAAAUUUAAACAUAAUAUAAACCUCAAGAAGUUAAUACAUCUUUUGAAUAACAGCUUUAUAAUAAUCAAUUUAAUCAUAAUUACUAAACAAUACCUUCCUAAACAUAAUUCAAUACUAAUACUUAAAGUAAUUAAUAAUAUUUUAGAUAACCUUUAAAUUAAACGAGAUUUAUAGGUUCUAAAACAAGAUUAAAUGAAACAUAGAAUUCGUAAAUGCAUGGUUCAUAAAAUCCUAAUUUCUAAUCUAGAUUUGUAGGACCUAAAACUUAGCAUCUAAUUAUUAAAUAAGAUAUGAGUAUAAUUGCCAAUAAAGAGGAACUUGUAUCAGCAUAACAUUCAUAAAUAAUGUGA